GGGACCGGCAGGUGUGGGCGCGGGGCCAGGCAGCCCGACGGCGGGAGUCGCAGCCGCUCGGUGCAUGGGCCAGUGAGGACGCGCGGAGAUCCCCUCGCCGCGGUGGAGGCGGAGCAGCGCGCGAGCAAGGCGCUGCCUGGCGACCCUGCGUCCGAGCGAGCGGAACCUUGCGCUUCGCCCGGGGACGGUCCGAAGUCCGCGCUAUGGAAGAGGAGAAAUAUUUGCCUGAGCUGAUGGCAGAGAAAGAUAGCCUGGAUCCAUCUUUUGUGCAUGCAUCGCGCCUUUUGGCGGAAGAAAUUGAAAAAUUUCAAGGUUCUGAUGGAAAAAAGGAAGAUGAAGAAAAGAAAUAUCUUGAUGUCAUCAGCAACAAAAACAUAAAGCUCUCAGAAAGGGUAUUGAUUCCUGUCAAGCAAUAUCCAAAGUUCAAUUUUGUGGGGAAAUUGCUUGGACCAAGAGGAAAUUCCUUGAAGAGACUACAGGAAGAAACAGGUGCUAAAAUGUCUAUCCUGGGCAAAGGAUCAAUGAGAGAUAAAGCAAAGGAAGAAGAAUUAAGGAAGAGUGGGGAAGCCAAAUAUGCCCACUUGAGUGAUGAACUUCAUGUAUUAAUUGAAGUGUUUGCUCCACCUGGGGAAGCUUAUUCACGAAUGAGUCAUGCAUUGGAAGAGAUUAAGAAAUUCCUGGUUCCCGACUACAAUGAUGAAAUUCGCCAGGAACAACUACGUGAAUUAUCUUACUUAAAUGGCUCAGAGGACUCUGGUCGUGGCAGAGGUAUUAGAGGCAGAGGGAUCAGAAUAGCUCCCACAACCCCUUCAAGGGGCCGUGGGGGUGCCAUUCCCCCUCCUCCACCACCUGGACGAGGUGUACUCACCCCUCGAGGGACUACUGUGACUCGUGGAGCUCUUCCAGUACCCCCUGUAGCAAGAGGUGUCCCUACCCCACGAGCCCGGGGGGCACCGACAGUGCCGGGAUACAGGGCACCCCCUCCUCCAGCCCAUGAAGCUUAUGAAGAAUAUGGGUAUGAUGAUGGCUACGGGGGUGAAUAUGAUGACCAGACCUAUGAGACUUACGAUAACAGCUAUGCCACCCAAACGCAAAGUGUCCCUGAAUACUAUGACUACGGUCAUGGAGUAAGUGAGGAUGCCUAUGACAGCUACGCACCAGAAGAAUGGGCCACAACCCGCUCCAGCCUGAAGGCACCACCGCCAAGGUCAGCCAGAGGGGGAUACAGGGAGCACCCCUAUGGUAGAUAUUGAAGGUCCUUCUCACCUGUGACCUCACCUCAAAGACAAUUCAUAGCCUGUGGUCUCCACAUAAACAGCAACAAGACAAGUAUCCACAAGCAAAGAGCACAUAAGUGAAUAGCAGAUGUGGUGGGCUAAGAAGGAUAGAGACUACAUCUUUGAAUGCCUUAACUCAGGGCGGGUCUAUGACAGCAGAAACAACAGUGCCGAGCAAGAGAAGAGAACAUUCUUGGCCUACUGAGUUAAAAAUGCCAGAUAAGAAGAGAAUUUGGAUUUGAACCAAUGUGAUUCUGAAGUGACUAUGAAUACAACCACUGAUUAAAAAUAUAUGUGGAACAUAUUAAUAUGUUAAUUAUGCAGCUUUAAAAAGAAGAGGUUAAUCUGGGCUGGGAUUUUAAAAGCUUCCCAGAAGGGGUGAGAUUUGGAUGAAAAGUCAGAUAUGGACAGAAGAUUUUCUUCACCAUGACUUGCUUCACCACUUAACACCCAAGCCUAACACAGAGCCUGGCACAUAGUACAUACUCAGAAAUAUCUGUUGAAUAAAUAACACGGAAAUGAAUGAAGCUGUGAGAGCAGAGAAUUCUUUCCAACCUUCAUCACAUCAGCUCUUAGGUUGUACUGACCAAAAAGUGAAAUGAGGAGAGAAACGGAAGCAUAGAAAAGUAAAGGAGUCAAUGUUCUCCUCUCUACUCCAAAACUUCAUAGACUUACAAUGUCUCCUCCCAGAAAGAGGUUCCCAGACUUCUCAGUUUGUUUCUAUCUGGAGGGAAGAAAGAAGACAAGAAAGUCUUUUCUGUUCACUGUUGUUGGUGCUACCCACUAAUAAAAACUACAAACAUUUCAGCAAAAAGUUAACAAUUUCCAAAUAGUGUAGCAAAAAAAAAAAAAAAAAAUGAAUUGGACAUUCCUACAUUUACUGUUGCAACCUUCUGUUUCUUCUCUAUAAGCCCAAUCCUGGCGUCCUAAAGGCACCCACUAAAAAGAAAGAGCAGAACAGCAUUACAACAGUGAGCAGCAGAGUAUGAAACCUGACAAGGACAGCGAGCCACACCGCCGGAUUCCAAGUCCCGGCUCCACCCGUUCCCUAACGGUGAGA